ACUGAGAUCAGAAUUCCUUGGUACUCCAGAAUUGUGCUGGAGAAAUAACACGUUCAAAUUCAGGAUUGGACCUUCCCGAUCUGCUCAAGUUUCCAGUGGAUGAUUUCUCCAAGAACAUCAAUGCUAUGCCAAUAGGAAGCCAAUACUGAGAAUAUCACUCGGAGCCUAGUGAAGAUGAACGACGAGGAGCGGAACCACUCAGCAUUCUUCAUCAGGGUGAAGAACCCUGCUGAGCGGGAUGAAUUAAAACCUGGGGACCUCAUUGAAAUCUUCCGUUCUUCUUGUCAACACUGGGCCAUCUACGUUGGGGAUCGAAAAGUUGUCCAUUUGGCAACAGAACGUGACCAUCUUGCAGGUGGACCUCCCAACACCUUGGCGGUCUUGUCCAACCGAGCGUACGUCAAGAAGGACUGGCUGGACAACGUCGUGCAGAAGGACCGGUUCCGAGUGAACAAUAAGCAUGACGAGAGGCACCCGCCGCUCCCCCUGGCCAAGAUCCUCUGGCAGGCGGAGGAGCUGGUGGGAAAGGAGAUGCCCUGUGCCUGGAACAGCCACAACUGUGAGCAUUUUGUGAUGGAGCUUCGUUACGGAGCUGAAAUGCAUGAGCAGGAUGAAAUCAAGCAAGGAGACCUGAUUGAGAUCUUUCGCUCAUGCUACCAACACUGGGCCAUCUACGUCGGAGAAGGAAAAGUUGUCCACCUAGCCCCUGAAUGUGACCAUCUUGCUAACGGUGCCGCCAGCGUAUUGGCGGUUUUGUCCGACAGAGCCUACGUGAAGAAAGACUGGCUGGAGGUCGUGGUGCGCAAGGACCAGUUCCGAGUGAACAACAAGCAUGACCACACGCACCCCCCGCUGCCGCUCGCGAAGAUCCUCCAGAGGGCGGAGGAGCUGGUGGGCCGGGAGAUGCCCUACAAUCUGACCAGCCACAACUGCGAGCACUUUGUGAUGGAAUUGCGAUAUGGAGUUGCCAUGAGUGACCAGGUCACGGAGGCCAUCGCCGUGGGGACGAUCGGCAUGAUGGGCGUGGCCGCCGCCAUGAUCCGAUCUGCGGCCAAGAGGCGCAAGCACCGCUACGAAUAGCUCACGGGAGGAGCCAGAGGUCUCCAUGGCGGGAUCGUCACCACCUCUGGGGGUGUCUGAAUGCCUAGUGUCCUUUAUUUGCCAUAUUGUUUUCCGACCACCAGACCCAAAAUUAAAUCAGAUUUUGUGACAGAUGCACCCACCCACGCCGUGCUUGGAGCCAAUAAAACUCUCUUCAGGACUUGG